GUUUGUGUGGCACCUUCUGUUCAAUGUGCCUAGCCUGUCAGAUGGCUGAGAGGUAUGGUGAAUGCUUCUGUCUCCCCCUGCUGCCAACAACAAUGAUGAUGAUGCGCACAGCAAUGAGAGAGAUAUACAACAUCCGGGUGAGAUAGCUAGUCUAGGACAGUGCAACAAACAUAAAAGAUAUCUGUGUAUUAUUGAAUAGCUGCUUUUUAUCAUCACAGUGUUAUUGCUGAACAACCUCAUUGUCAAUUUUGAUAGCUUGGUUUGACUGUAUGAUUUAUGUGUACUUAUACAGUACAGUAGUCACCAAAUAAGCAAACUAUUAUUUUUCUAUCAUCCCUCUGUAUUUCUAGGCCAGCUUAAUUGAUGACUGGGCAGUGCACAUGUUCUGUGGACCCUGUGCUCUAUGUCAGAUGGCAAGAGAGAUGAAACACCAGCUGGGU